GCCACUCAGUCUACUUGGCGAACUCUAGGCUUUAACAUCAUCUUGAGAUCGGUGGCUUUUAUAUUCGUAAUCUAUAUAUUUCCCGACCAACCAUGGCAAGUGGAACAACAGCCUUCCGCUGCACACCACCAGUGCUCCUCCUGCUGAUCCUCCUUGCUAGUGGAGGCAAGGCCCAGGACGUCCCUUCGUCGAUGUGCCAACAGAACGAACUCUGCACCACAGUGCAGCGCUGCCAGGAGUCGGAUGACUCUGGCCGCAAUGGAAUUAGUCCUCGGAUAGCUCGUUUCUGCGGCGUGGGCCGCAUGUGCUGCGAGAAGGAGCAGCUUGACAGCUGGGAUGCAUUUCAGGCGCAGCAAAAACCACCUCCAAGCGCCAGCAGUUCGAUCAAAAACAAGCUGAGUAGGAUACCGGAACCAGAACCCAACGAGAGCUGCGGCCUGAACAUGGAGUGCGUGCCACGGAAGCUGUGCCGCGACAAUGUCAUCAACGACUCGGGCAUAAGUCUCAUCAAUCCCAGGCUUGGCAAUACCCAGUGCUCCAAGUCCUUGUAUCGCUGCUGUGAGAUUAGCCAGAAGGUGGACGACAGCGAAAGUCCUUAUGUGCAGAAGGAGAAGGACUUUAAGUACAGAAGCUGCGGCUGGAGCAACCCAAAGGGACUGAUUCCCGACGACGAUAAAUUCAGCUAUGCAGAGGACGUGUCCAUCUUUGGCCAGUUCCCCUGGAUGGUGGGGAUUUUCACCGGACGCCAGAAGUUCCUUUGCGGCGGAACCCUAAUCCAUCCUCAGCUGGUGGUCACCAGUUCACACAACGUGGUCAACGAGACGGUGGACACCCUGGUGGCUCGUCUCGGUGAGUGGGAUUUGAACAGCGUGAACGAGCCGUAUAUCCACCAGAGCCGGCGUAUCAAGGAGAUCAUCAUGCAUCCCGAGUUCGACCCACAAGUGUUCUUCAAUGACAUUGCCCUCUUGCUGCUGGAUGAACCCGUCCAAUUAGCUCCUCACAUCCAGCCUCUGUGCCUGCCUCCGCCUCAGACGCCGCAACUGAUCAAUCAGCUGCUGUCCGCCAACUGCUUCGCCACAGGAUGGGGCUCUAAGGAUGCAAAAAGUGACAAGCUGGAGCAGGUGCUCAAGCGGAUAAAUCUGCCGCUGGUGGAGCAUAGCGAGUGUCAGGCAAAGUUGCGCCUCACACGUCUAGAGAGUCGCUUCCGGCUCCGUCCCAGCUUCAUCUGUGCCGGUGGAGAUCCUGGUAAGGAUACGUGUAAGGGAGAUGGUGGCUCUCCGCUUUUCUGCACGAUGCCUGGCGAACAGGACCGCUACCAGCUGGUGGGCAUCGUAUCCUGGGGCGUGGAGUGCGCCGAGGAGGAUAUUCCGGCGGUGUACGCCAAUGUACCUUACCUCCGUGGUUGGCUCGAUGAGAAGAUCAAGGGACUCGGCAUAACGUUGUAAUUACACAGGAACUGUAAUAAAGAAAAUAUAAUAUAAUUACCUUUUUACAAUUGAUAA